AUGGCUAGCAAAAAUAGUGGUCUUUUAGGUAUUGGGUUAGGGCUUAUCCUUCCCAUUGACAAGGAGAUCCAUUCUGGUCAUUUUCACAUAUUUUUGGGCCUCUACAGUCAAACUGUUCUCUCGAAAACUCUGGACGGAGACUCUACGUCAUUUAUUCAUUUACCUUUCAAGCUUCCAAGUCAUUUCACACUGGGACUAUGGUUGCUUUCUUUAUUAAGCUUCCUCCUCAUAUCAGGAGCAUAUAUUUUAAAAGCACCUGUUAAAGCACAACCGAUACUGUGGUGCAUAUUCAUGGCUCCAAUCAUAGUAUUGGAGCUCAAAAUCUAUGGUCAAUGGGUCACCAAAGGAAAAAGAUCUCUUACAAGAACUGCAAAUCCUUCCACAUAUUUAUCAGUUAUUGGAAACUUCGUGGUUGCUCAACUCGCAACAAGAGUGGAUUGGAAGAAAGUUGCAAUGUUCUUCUUUACCAUGGGAUUAGUUCACUAUGCGGUUGUCUUCGUCACACUUUAUGAGAGACUCUCCUCGGAUGUCAUAGUUUCUAGAAAGUUGUCACCUGUGUUCUUUCUAUUUAUUGCAGCUCCAAGCUCUACAAGCCUAACAUGGCAGGGAAUCUCAGGAUCUUUCUAUAUGAUAGUGAGACUAAAUUUAUAUCGAGAUACGAUGUGGAGAUUUUCAGUGAUUUGA